AUGGGAGCUUCACCUUCUACUCAAAGAUUCAAUACGUUAUUGCCUUUUUUCAAUGAAGAGGAUGAACCGCCAAGGAUUCUUGUACUCGGCUGUAUGGGAAGCGGCAAAACAACGUUAUGUCGGCAGUUGAAUCGACAAACUCGAUCUCAAACACCGGUGCUCGAAUAUUACUCGCAUAAUUUGCAACAUAAUGUGCUUUCCGUUUGGCGAGCAUUAAAGCUCGUAUGUGAUGAAUUGAAGGUCGACUACAGUAAUUGGGAGAAUGAUUUCUCUGUGCUGUACGAGUUCAAACAUCGAGAGAAACUCAGCGACAAAGUCGUUGCCAGUUUACUUUCGAUCUCUCGGUCACAUUUGUUGGAAGAAUGCCAACGAAAGAAACGGACACUACCGAUGCCUUACAACUAUAAAUACUUUGUACAGCAUACGAAUCGAAUGAUCGCAGAUGGCUAUGUGCCCACAGAAACCGACAUUCUGUGUUCGUACACUCCGACAAUUGGAUUGGAUGGUCACACAAUUCGUAUGGGAAAAAUUAAAUAUGAUGUAUUGGAGCUGCCUGGUCAUCGCAUAUUUCGACGGCGUUGGAGCGAUUUCUUUCGAAACACCGCGGUCGUUGUGUUCGUUAUCGACCUCAGCGAGCUCUGCGAUUCUGCUUUCUACACGGGUCAUUUAAAAAACAAAACGAUAUCGAUAUACGAGCAACUCGUCCAGAAUGAUCUUCUCGCUCAUGCCGGUUAUAUUUUAUUGUUUAAUAAGAAGGAUGCUUUUGAGGACAUGUCACGUGGUUUCGACUUCAAACAGCUUUCGGCAAAUAUUCGAUCCUCGCAAGAUGCACUCAGCUACUAUCGUACGCUAUUCUCAGCAGCUUCUCCGCCAAAACGUUCUUUUCAUCAUGUGAUUUCACUUAUGCAACCAACAAAUCUGGUCCCGGCUCUGGGCGAUUCAUUGCAUCGAAUUUUCAAAUACAAUGCGGCAGGCACCACUCCUGUGUAA